AUGUCAAACCAGCAAGAAGAAGGUGAAGACUCGGUCGAGAUCGACCAGGAGAGCGCGAACUUUCGCGGUCUGGAGCUCACCGUCGUGCCCGCUCGAAUCUUCUCGCUGGAGAAUGUUCGACGCCUGGAUUUGUCUGUCAACGGACUUACGCGGUUCCCUGGGGCGCGUGUGAGCAGCCAGAUGCCGAGCCUGGAGGUGCUGAAUCUGAACGCCAACUUGUUGCAUGUGAUGGAGGACGUCCUGGCCUUGGCGUCGGCCCCUCGCCUCUGUGAGCUCGAUUUGAGUGACAACCCUCUCAGGUUGAGCCACAACCGACUGUACUUGCUGGAAGCUCUGCUCUACCACGAAGCCAGUGUCGAGGAGGAGAUUCUACGCGAGCUGCAUCGGGAUGAAGCCCUCAAAAACUUUGUUAGCGACUCGCAGUAUCCGAGGAAACUGCUCUACCGCUCGCGUCUCCCACGUCGAUGCGCAUUUCCGAUGCUGCAACUGCUGAAUGGCGAGUGGAUUUCAGACCUGGAGUCUCGUCAAGUGGAACUUGAACACGGUAAGCCUCUGGAAUACUUUCGGUCAUUCGACGGGAGUCGAAUGACCGUCAAGCAAAUGCUCCGGAACGAAGCACGAAGUACCGCAAUUCCAUCGCCACAAGUGCUAAAGCACUAUCAGAUCGACACGGAGAGUUGUGAGGAGGUUUCUCGCCCUAGCGGUAGCAGCGAGACGGAGCCGUGGAACUACCCGAUCAGCACCUUCGACGACUUGCACAGCGACGAGCGGCAAUACGUCCGGUACAGGAGCAAGCACGUUGGAGGCACUUUUGAGCGGGACGACCACUUCUUCGAGUCCACGACGUUCCUCGACUGCGUGGCGCAGUGCGAACGCUCUCGGCGACUAACGAUUCGAGCGGUGGAUCUACUAACGCAGCCUCACUCGACGUCGGAGUACUCGAGCGAUCUGUUCCCGUCGCGAUCAACGCCUCAGCUGCCGUUGUCGGAGUCUGCCGCCACGUUGACAGACAACCUCACCUCGAACUUCACCAAACAACACGCACAGGAGAGCUUUCAGCACAUCUCAUUGAGGCAGAAGACGAACCAGCUACUGAGCGGCCAGGCUGCGAUCGAGACUCGUUGGCGCGAUAACGCGCACGGUAUCGAAGCGAGCUUGGAGGAGUCACUGAGCAAGGUGAAGCUGCGGAAUGCCGUGGAUCUCGCCAAUACUCUCGGCGGUGGCAAGGAGCAGAAGCGUCACAUCCAGACGCUGAUCGACGCAGACGCGAGGGUGAUUGAGGAGGAGCGCGUGAUGGAAGAGCACAAGGCGCAUCGACAGCGACUGAGACGGAUCAACGCCCGCCAAGUGGUAAAACCUCCCGCAAGACGUGACGUCGAGCUCGCCAAGAAAUUGGCGAGUCUGCAUGAGGAAUCUCCAUGGCAGGAACGCAACUGGAAGGCGAGGGUGAAGCUACACGAACGAAUGCAGGAAGAGGGCGGAGUCGUCGAACAGCCUACGACGUCAUCUCGUCGAGCGAAGAAGCCCCUCCUGGCUCGAUCCAAGCUGCAACUGAAAACGUCACGGUCUUCUGAACGAGUAAAGACUUCGAAGGAUGUUACGCCUGCCGUGGCGACGUUCCGCACGAUCGAGACUGUGGAGAUAGCAGCGCUGGAUCCGUUAGUUGAAGUGAACUCCCACGACCUCCUCGUGCGCUGCUCGGAGAUCCGCCAGCACAAAGACAAACACGUCAAGGCGCUGGUAAUGCACCGCGAUCGGUUCCUCGAAAACGAAGCGGAGUGGACGCACAUGCGCCAAGACCCUAUCAACGUCGUCCGCCGGCAUCUUCGACGAAAGCUGUACCAAGACGUUCAGCAGGUUCAGAUCGGGAGCACGGAGUACUUUUACUCGCCCGUCUUCCAGUAG